AUGAAGCUAGAGACAGUUCUCGGCCGGCUCUGCCGCUUGCUCUCUCUGAGCCUCCUGGUUGCUUACCCUGCUGCCGCUGCCCCAACUGCUGACGCCGAAUAUGACUACGUCGUCAUCGGAAGCGGGCCCGGUGGAGGCGUGCUUAGCACCAAUCUGGCCAAGGCGGGCUAUUCAGUCUUCUUGAUCGAAGCAGGAGACACCAGCCCCGGUCGCGGCUUCGGCCAGUACACGCCAACCGUCACGUGGGACUUCUUCGUCAAGCACUACCCGGAAGGCGAUGCGCGGAACAAUCUCUACAGCCACUUGACUUGGAAGACGCCCCAGGGCCGUUACUGGGUCGGAAACAGUGGCGCCCCCGCAGGCUCUGAGCUGCUGGGCGUCUACUACCCCCGCGGUGCUACGCUUGGCGGCUCAUCCAUGAUCAACGCCAUGUGCGUUUGGCUCCCAAGCGACAGCGAUUGGAACUAUCAUUACGAGGUGACCGGCGACGAGACUUGGAAGGCGGAGAACAUGCACAAGGUGUUCGAGAGAAUUGAGAAGAACAACUACAUGCCCAAGGGCACCGCUGGCCAUGGCUUCGACGGUUACUUCCAGACGAACAUGGGAUCGAAAGACCAGGCGAAGUCCGGAGCCCUGCAGGGAAACAAAGUCAUGCAGGCCUAUGCGGAGGACCUCAAGUUGACUGAACCCAUGACGGACCUUCUCACCAGGGAUUCGAAUGCUAUCUCGCCCGAACGGGACCAGACCGAGAGCAUCUAUGGGCUCGUGCAGCACACGUACCCCAACGGAAACCGCUACAGCUCUCGCGACUACAUCCAAGCGGGCGUCAAGGACGGUGUCAACCUCACUAUCUCGACCACCUCUCUCGCGACCAAGAUCCUCUUCGACACCAGCUCCAAGUGCGGCGACAAGCCCCGAGCCACUGGAGUCGAGUAUCUGGAGGGCCCGUCCCUCUACGCGGCCGACAACCGCAAGGCUCCCGGCGCCACGGGAACCAAGAAGACCGUCAUAGCCAGGCGGGAGGUCAUCGUCUCGGGCGGCACCUUCAACUCCCCGCAGCUCCUCAUGCUGAGCGGGAUCGGCCCCAAAGCGCACCUCGAGGAGUUCAAAAUCACCGUCAUCAAGGACCUCCCCGGCGUCGGCCAGAACCUGAUGGACAACCAGGAGAUGCCCAUCGUGGGCAGCGGUUCCGCCGGGCCCGGCGACGCGGGUGUGGCCAUGGUCAAGUCGAAGCACCCGGCGCACGGCGAGCGGGACGUGUUCCUGAUGGGCGGGCAGGGCUUCCUCUUCCGGGGCUUCUGGCCCGACAACCAGACGGCCACGCUGCCCGCCGAGCCGCCGCAGCCGUACGGCGUGAGCAUCGUCAAGGGCUCGUCGGUCAACAACAAGGGCUGGGUCAAGCUGCGGUCGGCCGACCCGCAGGACACGCCCGAGAUCAACUUCAACCACUACGCCGAGGGCUCCGACGACGACCUCGGCGCCAUGAAGGACAUGGUGGCCUGGAUCCGCCGCAUCUACACCCGCAUCGGCAUCACGCCGCGCGAGCCCCCCUGCAGCGGGACCCCCGCCGCCGACGGCAGCUGCGGCAAGGACGACGAAGACUGGAUCCACAAGCAGACCUUCGGCCACCACCCGACCAGCACCAACCGCAUCGGUGCCGACAACGACACGGGCGCCGUGCUCGACUCCAAGUUCCGCGUCCGCGGCGUCGCCGGCCUGCGCGUCGUCGACGCCAGCGCCUUCGCGAGGAUCCCCGGCGUCUUCCCCGUCGUGUCCACCUUCAUGAUCAGCCAGAAGGCCUCGGACGACAUGAUCGCCGAGCUCGAGGCCGGCACCGCCGUCGAGGAGUGGCAGAAGUGCUCGGCUGCGGAGAACUAA